UGUUGAGGAAGGUUUUAAAAUCGUAAUGGAAAAUAUUCCGCAAAUUGUUCCGAUAAAUCCCGAAACAAAUGAAAUCUCCUUACCCUACGAAUUGGAAAACGAAACUCACUCCUUGGACCAAACACUGAAAACGUUAAUAAAUAUUGAGACAAAUGAUAUUGAAAUCUUAAGCAUCAGCAAAUCACAGCCUCUCGAUGAAGAAAAUCUAUACCCAAUUACGAUAAAUACUAUGGAAGUCACAAUACCAUUUGACGAGGAAAAUUUGCAUACUACAUCUGAAGAACUAAACAGCGUCGACAUGGUUGUCCAUGAAAAUGACGAAUUAGAAAGCUCCGAUGCGGACGACGAUCAGGAAUACAUUCCCAACCAGGAAGAGGUAGGCACUGAUGAAAAUAAAAACGAAACUUCUGACAGCCGGAAAAGAAAAACCAAGAAUAUUAUUAAACAUCAAAAUGUGCAUUACGGUAAUGAACAUUCGGACGAAAACAGUGAUGAAAAGAACCAAGAACAAAAUUUCACUUUAAAGAAAAAAAAAAGAAAAACAAAAAAGCGGAAAGGAAAAAACUGA